ACCAGCUCUAUCUACAUUCGCCAUAAACGCGGUCCCCUGUACCCGUCGGUUCACAUUCGCCAUAAACGCCGCGUCUAGUAGACGCAUUCCUCAAACAGACCAUCCGCAGGCCUGAGUCGCUCCACAACACGCGUUUUGCUCUCAGCGGUCUAUCGUUCUCGCGAUUUUGAUCUUACAGCACGCAUACCCUCCCAGAGUGCUAGAGAACCAGGAAGCAAUUGUUUAUUAGAGAGCCUGAGAAGCAGAGCCAGAGAGGCAGAGAGCAAAGAUCAUUGGCUGAGCCUGUGAGAGUUACUCUAGACCAGCUUGAGCCACCCGAAUGGCGCAGAUCUACAACUUCACGCCAUGGCAGUCGCUGGUGGGCGGCGUGAUUAUCGGCAUCGCCGCCACGUUGCACCUCCUGACGGCGGGCAGAAUCAUGGGCGCGUCGGGCGUCGUUAACGGCGUUAUAACCGGCGUGCCGGAUUGGGCUUGGCGCGCAGUGUUCCUCGCGUCCAUGACGGCCGUCGGAUCGUUCACCAUGCUGAUCGACGGCGAGCACGCGUUCGGGUCCAAGCCCCCGUCAGUGGGGGACGAUCCGGGCCUGGCGCUCAUUCUGCCAAUCGCCGCUGGGCUGCUCUGCGGCUUCGGGUCUCAGCUGGGCAGCGGGUGCACGUCGGGCCAUGGCGUGUGCGGCCUGCCUCGCUUCUCCCUGCGCAGCCUUGUCGCCACGUGCACCUUCAUGGCUACAGGCGCCGCUACAUCCAUGACUGUCGGUGCCAUCGCCACCGGCGCUACAGCCGGCUCCCGGCCCCCCAGCGAGGCCAUUCCACUCACUAACACGUGGCUGCUCGUGCUGGCGGUUUGCGUGGUGGCCGUGGGAGCUAUUAUCGCGUACAGAUGCCCGUUCUGUAACGAGUGUCUGUCUGGUGAUGCGGCUGGUGGUGCUGCUGGGGAGUCUGCACCGCUUUCCAGCGAUCCUGCCAAGCCGGCCUGCUCCAGUGGGGCCUGCUCCCUCUCCUCCGCACCCUCCUCCGCCUCCCCCUCCUCCUGCUUCUCCCUCCUCCAUCCUAUCAACGUGCUCCGGUCGUCUCUCGUCACGGGGGCCAUCUUUGGCAUCGGGCUCGCACUCAGUGGCAUGUGCAACCCCUACAAGGUGAAGGACUUCCUAGACCCAGUGCACGGGUGGGACCCCAGCCUGGCCUUUGUGAUGGGCGGCGCAGUGGCGGUCAACGUGGUCACCUUCCGCUUCGUGCUCGCCCGCCCCAACCCGCUCUUCGACUCCAAGUUCUUUGUCCCCACUCGCAACGACAUCACCUGGGAGCUCGUGGUUGGGUCGGCAAUCUUCGGCAUGGGGUGGGGCCUAGCAGGGUACUGCCCAGCUCCUGCGUUUGUCAGCCUAUCCACUGGAAAUGUGCCGGUGAUUGCGUGGGUGUCUGCCCUAGUUCUAGGAAUGGGCUUGUAUCAGCUGUUUAUGAAGCUACUAAGACGGUGGGCACCGCAGAUCAUUAGUGGAAGCGGCUGCGUGAGAAAUGAAGCCAGUGGGUCGGGCAUUGCUCCAGUUGUUAGCACGCCUCCAACAGCGGAGGGGGAUCAGAAGGAAAUUGUGUAAUACGACGCAAUACGGAAAAUAUAUCGAUAUUAUUGUA